AUGGCCUAUACUGCCGAAGGAAAGAAAAACGGCGACCUGUUCCGUGAUUACGCCGAUGACCGAAACGCCUCUUCGCAAGAUACUGUGUAUACUACCAGCAAUGGUGUCCCUACCGCCCACCCCUAUGAAUCACAGCGAGCUGGAGAGAGUGGUCCUCUACUGCUACAAGACUACCAUCUGAUCGAUCUCCUGUCGCACUUUGACCGUGAACGUAUACCUGAGCGUGUCGUCCACGCAAAGGGCAGCGGUGCUCAUGGUUUCUACAAGACCACGGACCCCCUCGACGAUCUCUGCAUUGCCGACAUUUUCAAAGCCGGCAAGUCAUGCCCGGUCACUGUCCGUUUCUCCACCGUCGGUGGUGAAAGUGGCUCACACGAUUGCGCUCGCGACCCACGAGGUUUUUCUGUCAAGUUCCGCACCGAGGAAGGAAAUUGGGACAUGGUGGCCAACAACACCCCUGUCUUCUUCUUGCGAGACGCCGCCAAGUUCCCUCACUUUAUCCAUACUCAGAAGAGGGAUCCAUCUACUCAUCUUACCCAUGCCGACGAUUCCACUCAUUUCUGGGAGUAUGCGUCUCAGAACCCCGAAUCUGUUCAUCAGUUUAUGAUCUUGAUGGGCGACCGUGGUAUUCCUGACGGAUACCGCUUCAUGCAUGGCUAUAGCGGACAUACAUUCAAGCUUGUCAACAAGAACGGCGACUGGGUCUACACUCAGAUUCAUUUCAAAUCAAAACAAGGCACCAAAUUCAUCACUCAAGAAGAUUCUCACAGCAAGUCACCCGACUACUCCCAACAAGACCUGUAUGAGGCUAUUGAGAAAGGCGACUUUCCCGGAUGGGAUGUCUGCGUACAGACCGUCACCCCCAAGGAGGCUGAAGAUAUGUGGGAGAAGCAGAAGAUCAACGUCUUCGACCUGACCCAUGUCUGGCCACAUAAGCAAUUCCCCCUGCGUAAGGUCGGCGAGUUUUUCCUCAACGAGAACGCUCAAAACUACUUCGCCGAAAUCGAGCAAGUUGCUUUCAGCCCAUCCCAUCUCGUUCCCGGCAUUGAGCCAUCUGCCGACCCCGUCCUGCAGAGUCGUCUCUUCUCCUACCCCGACACCCACCGCCACCGCCUCGGUGCUAACUACCAGCAACUCCCUGUGAACGCCCCUCGCGUGCCUUACCGAUUCGCAAACUUCCAGCGUGACGGCCCCAUGGCCUUUUACAAUCAAGGUGCACGACCAAACUACCUCUCCUCCAUCGACCCCAUCCAAUUCCGUGAGCGCCAAGUCGACCUCGACAAGACUCACGGCCAUUUCCAAGGCCGUGCCGUAACGUUUUUGUCCGAGAUCCGCCCCGAGGACUUCAACGCUCCACGCGCUCUUUGGGAGAAGGUCUUCGACGAGCCCGCACGCGAGCGCUUCAUCAGCAACAUCUCAGGCCACAUGGCAAACUGCAAGAAGACCGAGGCUAUCCAGCGCCAGAUUGGCAUCUUCCGUGAGGUGUCUGAGGAUCUAGCGUCACGCCUCGAGAAGGCCACUGGCGUCAAGGGCUACCCUGGCAUCGCCGGCCUGAGGUUUAAUGGUACUCACAAUGGCAUGGCCAAGGACAAGUCGCUCAAGGCUGCAAAUGGUGUGAAAGGCCUAACGACGCAGAGCCAGCCUGAUAAUAAUGGUGCGCCGUUGAAGGGCCAGCAUGCGCCAUUGGCUGCGUCGGGUGCAAAUGGGGUCAAUGGACAUGCUUGA